ACGUAAGGAAUAUUAAACAUUAAAAUAUUAAAUACAAAUAAGUUUGAUGAUUGUAGCCACAGUCUUAUAACUCGACAUGUGUCCCACUCGAGGUUUAGAGUAGAGUAUCAAGUCGUACACUCGAAUUUAUAUUCGAAAAUAUUCUGACUAGUCUAGCACAGCUAUGACCAGUCUUACUCACAUAUGACUCAAUAUACAGUAAUGUCCCUCAUAAAAUAUUUCGAGAAAAAAUCUUAAAUAAAGAAGCCAACCAUAAGUUCAAGAAACAUUACUCUAUAUUUUUGCAGUACAGAAUAAAAGGAAUGAAUUGACUCUUCUCAAUCAAGGUCAUAUGUACAGAUGAGCCAUCUAUGUUAAUAUACAUCGCCAUUUUUUAGAUCUCUAGAGUCACCAAUGGCAGAACCAUGCUACAAUGAACCAUGUUACCCUCCACCUUGCUAUAAUGCAGCACCAGUAGGUCAACCCGUUUAUGGCCAACCCGUUUAUGGUCAACCUGGUUAUUGCCAACCAAUAGGUCAACCCAGUUAUGGUUUAACAACAACUCAGCCACUCUUUUAUCAGCAGCCGGUUGUUGUUAUGCAUCACGAUGAAGAUGUUCAACAUGGAUGUCAUUUUCUUAUGUGUCUUCUCUCGGGUGGUUUAACACUACCUUUUUGGAUUUCAGAUAAUCCAUCAUCGCUGUUGAAGGCACAAGAAACCAGUUUAGAGGCAAUUGUAUUUCCACAAGCAGCAGUUUUGAAACAACGUGUUUGUAAGCGAGAUUUCAUACCAGAUACAAUUUUACAUGCCAGACCAUUCGAAGAAAUACGUAUGGAUUCAGGAGGAUUGGAUUCCAAAACUAAAGGAAGCUCACCAGGCACAACUAUCAAGCCAGAUUCUACUAAAUAUUGUUAA